AUGCAGUCCGGGAUAACAGCCUCCGCAGACUUGCACGAGGCCUUUUCAGACUUCGCGUCGGACCACGACCUAUUCUCGCUACCCGUGACAAUCACCACCGAAUCCCUAACUCCUCUACCAUCGAUCCGGUUCCCAUCGCCUUCGUCGACCUUCCAUGCCUCUCUGCCGAGCCUGGACAACCUUCUCAGCCCGACCACGCCGCUCUACCUGCUCCUCCGCAAAGAGGCUUCCAAGCCCGACCUCGUAGCGGUCACUUACAUCCCAUCCCGGGCACCGGUGCGGCAAAAGACGCUGUUUGCGUCCACGCGCGCCACGCUCGUCCGGGAGCUGGGCAGCGAGAAGUUCGUCGAGACGAUCUUCGUGACGGAGCGCGACGAGAUCCUCGACCCGGCGCAGUGGGAAGAGCGCUCUGGACCCGCGACAUCCUCGGCAGCAGCGCAGGGAAGCGGCGGCGCCGCAGGGGUUGACAUUGGCCUGUUGAGUUUGGAAGAGCGCGAGCUGCAGGCCGUCAAGCGCGCCGAAGAGGAAGAGCGCCAUGGUACCCGCGGUCGCGAUCUCAUGAACGAAGGCGGCAGUGGCGCCCGCUACAGUUCCAAUGCUAAUGCCGGGUCAGAGGACGGCGCUCCACGCCGUGCUGGCAUCACCAUGAAUAUCACCGACGAGGCGCGAAGCGCGCUGGCUCAGCUGGGCUCGGGGUCGGGGUCGGGCUCGCUGGUGCAGCUCGGCAUCGACAUCGCGACCGAGACGGUGACGCUGCUAUCAUCCAAAACCGACGUGGCGCCCGACGCCGUCCCGGGCCUCAUCCCUCUCGACCAACCCAGUUAUACCUUCUACACGGUCGCCCAGAGUCACCAGCAGCAAGCCGGAGCUGCGCCAGGGUCCAUCUUCAUCUACGUGUGUCCCGGCGCCAGCAAGAUCAAGGAGCGCAUGAUCUGUGCCAGCUCGCGGAGAGGCGUGCUAUAUCUCGCGGCUGGAGAAGGCGUCAAGGUCCUGAAGACCCUAGAGGCCGGUGAGCCCGACGAUUUGGUCGGGAGGUUGGACGAAGAGGUCGAGGCGUUGACCUUGGCCGGCCGCCCAGGAGGAGCGGAGGGGAGUGGUGACGAGUCCGCACCAGGCACCGGCACGGCCACGCCCACGCCCAAAACUGGCUUUGCUAGGCCUAAGAGGCCGGGAAAGCGAUAG